UCCACGCCUUGCUUCCUCGUCCUCGCUGCUCUCUCUCUCUCCUCGAAGCCCCCAGCAUUUAAUCUUCCAAUCGGUGCGACUCGGCCAAACGCACCCCUUCGCCUAUUCUUCUUCUCGAGUUCGAGUUUAAGGAGUGGAGGGAGAGAAGAAUAGAGACGGAGAAGGAGCCUUUUCCACUCUUUAAGAUUCUGAGGAUGUUGGCUGACCGCGUCCACCCCGCCGGAGCUGGCGACGCCGAGGAGAAGGCGGCGGCGGCCCCUGCCGAACCGGCGGCAGCAUCCCGACCGGAGAGCCCACGCUCCCCGAAGACCUUCGCCGAGAAGCCCAAGCCCCCGCCGGGGACCUACGUGAUCCAGGUCCCCAAGGACCAGAUCAUCCGUGUCCCGCCUCCGGAGAACGCCCGCCGCUUCGAGACCUACACCCGCCGCGCCCGCCGCCGGAGCCGCGGCUGCUGCUGCUGCCUCGCCUGGACUGCCGCCCUCCUCCUCUUCCUCCUCAUCGCCCUCGCUGCCGCCGCGGGGAUACUCUACCUCGUCUUCCGGCCCAAGAUCCCCAAGUACUCCGUCGACGGCCUCGCUGUCAAGGGCUUCAACCUUUCAUCCGCCUCCACCGACCUCGCCGCCCUCUCGCCGGAGUUCGACGCCACCAUCCGUGCCGAGAACCCCAACAAAAAAAUCGGCAUCUACUACCGCUCCGGCAGCUCCGUCGAAGUCAGCUACGACGGCGUCAACCUCUGUCACGGCGUCUGGCCCACCUUCUACCAGGGGAAACGGAACGUGACUGUCUUCCAAACGGCGUUGACGGGGUCCGGGAUCCGUUUAGCCGCCGCUAUGCAAGACGCCUUGGUGACGGCGCAGAGCCGUGGGGAGGUGCCGCUGGAGAUGAACAUUAAAGUCCCCGUUAGGAUUAAGUUUGGCGCCGUCACGACGUGGACGAUCACCGUUAAGGUGCGGUGCGACGUGACGGUGGAUAAGUUGGCGGCGGAUUCGAGGAUCGUCUCCAAGUCCUGCAGCGUUAAGGUGGAUCCUUUUUAACGGCGGUGUGUUCUGUUGAUAUUUAUUGUUGGUGUUUGGGAUAUACCGACGAUCCUAACAUUUGUUUACUUUUGAAUAUCGAGUGCGCGUGUUCGGGAGGCAUUUCUUGUGAUUUGGUUGGUUUAUACAUGAAUUGAAGUAAAUACACAUACCUAUUUACUUGUUUA